AUGCUGCAAUCUUUUUUUCGAACAUCAUCCAGUCGAUUAAUCCGCUCGUUUCGACCAUUUUCAUCCACAACUGACGAACCAGGAAAGUUUAAUCAGUUGAACGAGACCUCCAAAAGUGAUUCGGUGGAUGAGUUUGAGCCAGUUACCCUGUCGUCCAACCCAUAUGAGAAAGAUAAAGAGCAAUGCAUUUUAUGCAGAGAGAAGGUAAAAUUGGAUUACAAGAAUGCCCGACUUUUGCAGGUAAGAGUUUUGUUUUUUUUUUGAUUUUAGAACAAACAAAAUCUCGAACUUCCCAAAUUAAUUCAAUGGUUUCAGCAAUUCAUAUCAUCGUUCAGUGGUCGUGUUUAUGAACAACAUGUUACUGGAUUGUGCGAUAAGCAAUACAAAACGUUACUGCGGACCAUAGAAAUUAGUAGGAAAGCGGGUUACAUGCCGGUCUUUACCAAGGAUCCAAAAUACCUUCGAGAUCCCAAACUGUUCGACCCAAUGAGACCAAUUCGUCCUCAUUCUUUUGCUUAA